CUCACACACACACACACACACACAUUCACUGAGGCUGCAGGACAGAAGUUUCACAUCUUCUGCUUUUCUAACUGCCUUUAUGUGGAUUUCUUCCUUCUUUGUCUGUGAUGUUUUUCGACAGAUCUGGAAUGGACUGACUCUGCCUGUGGAUAUUUCUGCUCUUUUAUUUCUGCGUCUUCACUGUUUUCUCUCAGGUGUUGGUGUGCUCAGCACAGACAGGAUGACAUGGCGUCCUCAGUACCAUAGUUCCAAGUAUCGCCACGUUUUUGGGAAGCCGGCCUCUAAAGAGAACUGCUACGAUGGUGUCCCCAUCACCCAGAGCGUCCAUGACAAUCACCUCUGUGCCGUCAACCCUCGCUUUAUCGCCGUCAUCACCGAAUGUGCAGGGGGCGGAGCCUUCCUGGUGCUGUCCAUCAAUCACACUGGGAAGGUAAACCCUCAUCAUCCAAAGGUUUCUGGUCACAGAGGCAAUGUACUUGACAUCAAAUGGAAUCCGUUUAAUGACUUCAGGAUAGCGUCUUGUUCAGAGGACACCACAGUGAAGGUCUGGGAUAUCCCUGACAUUGAAGCUCUGAGGAUCAUCACGGUGCCUUGGAAGGAGCUUCAGGGUCAUUCCCGCCGCGUCAGCCUCAUUGAGUGGCAUCCCACCGCCAACAACAUCAUCUUCAGCGCUGGAUACGACUACCAGGUUCUGGUGUGGAAGCUGGAUGUUCCUGAGCAGGUGAUCAAGAACCCUGUGCGCUGCAUCUCUGUGCACUCAGAUGUGGUUCUGUCCAUGUCCUUCAACACAGACGGAAGCAGACUGGCCACGUCCUGCAAGGACAAGAAGAUCCGUGUGAUCGAUCCACGCAGCGGCGUCCUGUUACAGGAGAGCGACAGUAAAACACACAAAGCCAGUAAAGUGCUAUUUCUUGGGAACCUGCACAUGCUGCUCUCCACGGGUAACUCACUCUAUAACCAUCGUCAGAUUGCACUCUGGGAUCUGAAGAAGGACCUCUCUCAGUCGUCUUAUUCCGAGGACUUGGACGGCUCCUCAGGUGUUCUCUUCCCUUUCUAUGAUCCUGACACACACAUGCUUUACAUAGCUGGAAAAGGCGAUGGAAAUAUCAGAUACUAUGAAAUCAGCUCAGAGAAGCCAUAUGUGCACUAUCUGACUGAAUACCGCUCUCCUGUGCCACAGAAGGGGAUAGGAGUCAUGCCGAAGCGAGGUCUUGAUGUGUGUUCCUGUGAAAUCUUCCGAUUCUACAAACUAGUGACAGCCAAAAGCCUGAUCGAGCCUGUGUCCAUGAUCGUUCCUCGAAGGUCAGACUCCUAUCAGGAGGACAUCUACCCGCUGACCGCUGCGAACCGAGCCGCUCUGACCGCUGACGAGUGGAUCUCUGGACGAGACAAAGGUCCUGAGAUGGUGUCUCUGAGGCCUGGGAGUGAACUGGACUCGUCUGCGGAGCAUUCCCACGAUCCAGACUGUCUGGACGGUCCCAGAGCAUCUCCAGAUGAAGACCGCAGCUCCACAAGCCACAUCAGUAACGGAGAGCUGGACUCGGCUCCAGAAACCGAGCAGGAGAUACGACAGCUGUUCUAUAAGCAGCAGGAAGAGAUCCGGAGACUGAAGGAGCAGCUUCUCCAGAAGGACACGCAGAUUAAACAGCUGGAGCUGGAGAUCAGGAACCAGAGAAACUCACGAGACACUCUCUGAGAGAAACCAGUUAAAGCCUGUUGUGCUGCGGUCACUUCACCAGAGUCCGGUCAGAUCUACGCCAGCUUCUUUCACAGACACGUUUGGGGAAAGCUGCUUGGUUUGACGUCCCUCAUGAUCCGGCUGAAGGAAACAUUCAUCUUCUCAUCUCUUUAUGGAAAGGCAUUGCUUGUAUGCACAGAAAUACUCUACAACCUUUAUGAAAGGGUUUUUUAGUUUUACACUUUAGCACUAUGCAAAUAUGUUUUUAGCUUGCGAUCAUACUUGUUUAAAUGUUUAUUAUUAUUAUUUUAAAAAUGUCUUGAAUGAACAUGUUUUAUAAAUUGGGUUAUUUGAGAUUACUCGUGAAUAUGAUUGUAACAGGGAUUUUUUUUUUUUUGAUUAGUUUUCUAUUUAAAUGGAUGAGUGAUGUGGCAUGAAAGUUUGAUGAUUAUAAUAAUAAUAAUAAUAAUGCUAAAGCUAAUUAAUAGAACAAGGGGAGGUUCAUAAAGAUGCUAUUUUAAUGUUGUUGCUCAGAUAUUUACUAAAUGUUGACCUUGAUUACAGUCUUUUCUUUUUGAAUCCUAAACUGAUAUCAGUCUGAUGAUUUGGGCUCUCAGAUAAAAAAGGCAAAAAAAAAAAAAAAAAAAAAAGAUGAUUUUGGAGAUUCAAUAAAACAUUUGCUACAAAUAAACGUUUGCCAUAACUCAAA